AACUCUUCUGUUUUGCCAUAGAUCAGAAAUGUUAUAUAAUAAUAAAUGUGGAAUAGUCAUAUAUUAGCCAGGCGGUACUUGAAACAAAUACUACGUAAAUUUUCACAAGAGGUUAUUUACCACCGUCGUAUCACAAGACCCAACUUUUUCUUAUUACAAAAUAGUCAAAUUAAAUUGGUGAAGUGCUUGAACACCUCUUCAGUUGGUUGUUUCAAUAGCUCAAGUUUUUCACUGUCAGGCAAGAUGCCACCCAUUGAAAAUGUCAAGUCCUUCGUGGACCAACUAAUUAAGGAAAAUAAUGUAAUGAUAUUUUCUAAAUCAUACUGUCCAUUUUGUCACAAGGUUAAAGACAUAUUUGAAGGUAUUAAUGCACCAUACAAGGCCUACGAGUUAGAUUUGGAAGAACAUGGUGCUGCUAUUCAAGAUGCACUUUUAGCAAAAACUAGCCAAAAGACUGUGCCAAAUAUUUUUAUAAAUGGCAAGCACCUUGGUGGUGCGAGUGAUACUGAGGCAGCAUUUAAAGAUGGUCGUCUGCAACAGCUCAUGUCUGGCGAUGAGAGGGAAUUUGAUUAUGAUUUGUUUGUCAUCGGGGGAGGCUCAGGUGGUCUCGCUUGUUCCAAGGAAGCUGUAGAGUUUGGCUUACGUGUUGCUGUUGCUGAUUUUGUCACGCCAACUCCAAUUGGUACAAGGUGGGGUCUAGGGGGUACUUGUGUAAAUGUUGGUUGUAUCCCAAAGAAAUUAAUGCACCAAGCUGCAUUGUUAGGCGAAUCUAUUAGUGACUCGCGUCAUUAUGGAUGGAAGGUGGAAGAGAAUGUCUCACAUGAUUGGGAGACGAUGGUGCAAGCUAUCCAAGAUCACGUGCAUGGUCUGAACUGGGGCUACAAAGUUCAACUCCGGGAUAAGAAGGUCAAGUAUUACAACAAGUAUGCUUCUUUGGUUGACAACCACACACUUACACUAAAAGAUAAAAGUGGUAACGAGGAGACGGUGACUGCAAGAAAUAUUGUGUUAGCCAUGGGAGGGCGUCCUUCUUAUCCAGAUAUUCCAGGAGCAAAGGAGUGUGCAAUAACAAGCGAUGACAUAUUUUCACUGCCCUACGCACCUGGUAGGACUCUGUUUAUUGGAGCGUCCUACAUCUCACUGGAAUGUGCUGGCUUUCUUCACGGUCUAGGUUAUGACACUACUGUCAUGGUACGCUCCAUCUUCCUGCGUGGCUUUGAUCAGGAUAUGGCGAAUAAAGUUGGAGAGCAUAUGGAAAAUCAUGGUGUUAAGUUUUUAAAGAAGUGCGUCCCUGUUAAGAUGGAAAAGAUUGAAGAAGGGAGUCCAGGAAAGGUGAAAGUAACGUACAAAAACAAUGAAGGGGUGGAAUCCAGUGAUGUGUUUGAUACUGUGGUAUUCGCAGUUGGUCGCGCGCCUUGUACUAAAGGUAUUGGGCUGGAGAAUGCUGGAGUGAAAUUAAAUGAAAAAAAUGGAUUUGUGAUCACAGACGUUUUCGACAAAACAAACGUCGAUAAUAUUUACGGUAUCGGCGAUUUAGCCGACGGCAAGCCGGAAUUAACACCGGUGGCAAUUCAAGCUGGUAAAUUGUUGGCUAGGAGAUUGUUUGCUGGAGGUCGAAAAAAGUGUGACUACACCAGCGUUCCUACGACAGUUUUCACGCCUCUUGAAUACGGCGUGUGCGGCUUGUCGGAAGAAGAUGCGAUCGCGCAACUUGGUGCAGACAACGUCGAAGUCUACCACUCGAAUUUCACACCUCUAGAAGCGACCGUGCCACACAGAUUAGACAACGAAUGCUACGCUAAAAUCAUCUGCAACUUAAAAGACAGCGAACGCGUUGUUGGUGUGCACGUGGUUGGUCCCAAUGCUGGUGAAAUAAUUCAGGGAUUUGGCAUCGCAUUAAAAACUGGUGCUACUAAAGAACAUUUCGACGAACUGAUAGGAAUACAUCCUACAAAUGCUGAGAUCUUCACGACCAUGGAUAAAACCAAGCGUUCCGGUGCUGAUAUCAAUAUUACCGGUUGCUGAGGUUAAGCCCGCUAUUGUUUACGUUGCAUGAAUUAAUUUACCCUUGGUAAAUUAUUAGACGCAUGCGCGAAAACAAUAGUGGGAUUGUACCGCUUAUAUUGUUGGAGAAGAUGCUGUCAUAUUUUGGUGACGGAAUGAUGACUUAGUUAUAAAGCUGUACUUGUAUGGUAUUCUAAGUUUGAUGAUGUAUUUUCAACAACUGAAGUUUAGUGAAGGCUUGUGAGUGAGAUGUAGAUUCGCCUUUAUUGUAUGAAAAAAAAUUGAAAAAAUACGAAAUAAAAAUGUGCAUAAACUUAUAUUGUCACCGCUUCGUGCUUUCGUACAGCAUGUGGUGACAUUACAAAGGCUGUGCCGAAUUAGAUACUAUUUUACUUUAAACUUAUGUAACUUUCCAGAAGAGAUUUAUUGUUUGCGGAAAUAUAAAUUCUGUUUUAUAAA